GGGGUACAGUACAAGUGAAUGCACGAGAGGAUAUGGUAAUAUAUGUCUUGAAGGAUUUCUAUAGGAAGGAAACUGUAGAUAAUAUUUUGCCAGUGUCUGCGACAAUUCCACGUAUAUUUACCGUUUUGUGCGCUUAAUUUAUGGCCGCAAAUUUGUAUCUGCGAUCGGUUAAGCCAUUGACAGCUGCAUGCAUUGUUUUUCGCCAUUGCAUUGCAACGACAGCCACUCGUACCCCCAGAAGAUCAAAGCAAUUGAUCAACAAGAAUGUCAGGCUAAUGCAACAAUGUCGCGAAUGGAGGUUAUCAGAGGGAAAUGGCAGUGGAAAUGGAACUGCAGAUAAUGCACAAGUCUUUGAGAGAAAUGUGUUUACCCGACCCACAUGUGGAGGCAGCUGUUUUUCACACGUACCUUGUACGAAAAUUGCAGCAAAAAAUCCUCAAUUUGGUAGCCUCUUGGGGGCCCUUCACUCCAGUUGGACACUGAUUUCGGCCAGUUUCGGUUCUAGUCGGAAAAGAUUCCACCCCAUGGACUUUAUUGCAAUUCUGGACAAGUGCGGAAACUAUGGGAAAUUCCAGGUUGUGAUCCUAUUGCUGUAUGGCUAUACGAAUAUUCUCGGAUCGCUGCACUAUUUCUCGCAGACUCUCAUCACCUUUACGCCCGAGCAUUGGUGUGCCCACGAAGAUCUCAAGGGUUUCGGUGUGGAGGAGCUGCGCACGGUGUACUCGAAUGUCUCGCAACCAUCCUGCACGCUCCUCGAGAAUGUCAUUAAUGGCACGGGCGUUGCCUCGGAGCAUGGUGUCUGCACCGAUUGGAUAUUCAUACGGGAGAGCGGCUUCGAGAGCAUCACCACGGAGCUGAAUUGGGUCUGUGAUAAGUCCCACCAGCCCGCUCUGGGACAGUCCUUGUUCUUUUUGGGCUCUGUGGUGGGCACUUUGACCUUUGGCUUCCUGUCGGAUCACAUUGGUCGCCUGCCCUCCUUGCUGCUGGCCACCCUGUGCGGGGCGGCGGGUGACUUUAUGACCUCCUUCGUCUACACCUUGCACUGGUUUGCCGUCGCCAGAUUCGUUUCGGGUCUCUCCACGGAUACCAUGUACUAUCUGAUGUACAUCUUGGUCUUUGAGUACCUAAGUCCCAAAAGUCGUACCUUCGGCCUCAACAUCAUCCUGGCUGUUUUCUACUGCUUUGGACUGAUGACUUCCCCCUGGGCUGCCAUCUGGAUUGGCAACUGGCGUCGCUACCUCUGGCUGGCCUCGUUGCCCGCUCUGGGAGUCCUGGUAUAUCCUCUGCUCAUCUGCGAGAGCGCCCAGUGGCUGCUGACCAAAAAGAAGUACGACGAGGCGGUGGCCUGCCUCAAGCGAGUCGCCAAGUUCAAUGGCAGACAAGUGGAGGACUCCGCCUUCGAUGAGUUCGUGAAGUACUACCGCGAGAAGACGAGCGAGGAGGAGAAGGUGAACAGCCAGGAGGACACUUUUCUGGGAAUGUUCAGGACCCCCCGCCUGCGUCGGUUUACACUGACUUUGCUGCUGAAGUCGGUCAUAAUCACGCUCUCCUGCGAUGUAAUCAACCGAAACAUGGAGGGCUUGGGCACGUCUCCCUUCAAGCUGUUCUCCUUCACAUCGAUCGCCUACCUGCCCGCCGGAGUAGCCAUCCUCCUGCUGCAGAACAAGAUCGGACGCAAGGGCAUGGCCUGUACGGCUCUCCUUGCCGGUGGAAUCAUCACCACGGCAACGGGCUGCCUCAUAGCCUUUCUCGAUCCCCAGCAGAAUGCCGUCCUCCUGGCCAUCAUGGUGGCCCUGGGUCGCUUCGGAGCCACCGUCUCCUACGACGCGGAAAUCCAGUACGCGGCGGAGAUCCUCCCCACCAGCGUUCGGGGCAGAGCCCUCUCCAACAUCCAUGUGGCGGGUCUGGCCUCCAGCUCCGUGGCAUUCUAUGUGAUCUACCUGGCGCAAUACUACAAGCCCCUGCCAUCGAUCUUCAUCAGCUGCCUGAUGUUCUUUGGCGCUGGCCUAUGCCUCACGUUGCCAGAGACAUUGGAUAAGAAACUUCCAGAGAACCUGGCGGAUGGUGAGAGCUUCGCCUUGAACGAGAGUUUCUUGUACUUUCCCUGCUUUCACAGAAGACAAAAACCCAAAGAAAAUGCUGUUGAUACUGCCUAAAAUAUAUCACAGAGCGAUGA